AAACACAAACAAUCAGCUCAGUUUUAUGAUAGAUGUCAGUGCACAGGCAUUGGCUGGAAAAGCCCAAUUGACCCUCAGAGCCAUCACAGGGAACUCUAUCAGAUCACCCAGCCACAUUUGUGUUGAGGACAAUAGAUUGGCAUACGUGGCUAGUGGUGGUGUGGUUGUGUGCCAGAUCACCCAAGAUAAUCGUAUUCAGAACCAACGAUUUUUUGCGGCCAGUUCUACCGAUAACGACAGUGAAGCUAGCAGCUCAGCAAAUGCUUAUCUAAAUAUGAUUUCUGAAAGAGAAAGAGAACCCGACUCGUCUCAUCUAAAAGACUCAUUUGGUUUUAGCUUGGAACCUGAUCCUAUUAUAUUUAAUGGCAACAACAGCUCAGCUGGCAGUAUCUCGGAGGAAAUGGAUACCAUUUCAGCAACAAAACUAAAGGACCGAGUCAGAUCUAUCAGUUGUAUGGCUUUAUCUCGUAAUGGGAGACUUUUGGCGAUUGGAGAAACUGGCUACCAGCCCCGGAUUUUGAUAUUUUCUUUGGCACCCGAUCUGAUAAACAGCCCAAUUGCAUUGAUUCAACACCAUACAUUUGGUGUUUCCAGCUUGAAGUUUUCCGAAAACUCGAGAUAUCUAUGUUCUUUGGGGGUUGUAAAUGAUGGAGUCUUGAAUGUAUGGAAGAUUAAUUUGAACUCCAUAGUAUUAUUGGCCACCAAUCGAUGUUCUUCAGUGGUGAACGAUUUGCUCUGGCCAGGAGCCCAUAUAAUAACGGUUGGAACUCGGUUCAUUAAAGUCUGGAACUUCAAUGGAGAAGAAUCUCCAAUUAGGGUCGACCAGAAGCCUACUAUUCUAAAAGGAAAGAACGUGAUUCUAGGCCCCUUCAUAAAUCAUAACUUUCUAUCAGCAACUAUUUUGGAUGAAUGCCAGGUGUUGAUAGUAGCGGGCCUGAACACUUUGGUUUUGUUGAAUUUGGCCGAUGAGUACAAGCUAAUUCCUUUAAAGUCACCUCCAUUCAGUUUCAAUACUUUAACAUCUGAGAAGGACAGCAACAAAAUUUGGUUCAAUUCGAAUGGGUUCCGAAUUAAUUCAAUAACCAGGGGAGACCUACGACCGAGUGAAACAAUUUCUGUUCCGCUUCAACAAAACCAAUUACUUCCUCCUUUGAGUCCUUCAAGAUACGAUCUUCAUACCAGUGACAUCUCCAGAAUUUUCAAUUACAAUACAAACUAUUUACUCCAUGUUUCUGAAAAUGGAGUAAUAGAACUAAUGAAUAAAGACACUUUUGAACUGGUGUCUUUAAUAGGAACUCUAAGUAAAAAUAUUGGUGGCAUCAAAAAGUACGCCAGUGAGUACAUGAUUUUCACCAAGUCAGGUGACAUUAAUACUACAACUAUAGGUGAUGGUGAAAUAAGAAAUGUUCAAAGAGUUGAACUUCCUUCUCCAGAGCUUUUGCAGAACACAUUAACGGCUGCAGAGAAAUAUGAGUCUUAUCUAGCAGUCGGUGAUAAGUUUGGCCAUUUGUAUAUAAAUGAGAAACAAGCUUCAAACUAUGAAUCAGUCUAUCAGGUAAAGGCCCAUGAGUCCACAAUAAACGACAUUAUUAUGUUUACUUGUGAAGAGAGAACCUAUCUUGUAAGCAUAUCAAGAGAUAGGAUGAUUCAAGUUUUCACAAAAUUCGAAGACGGCUGGGAUCUCCAGCAAACACUUCCCACUCACACAGGGAAUUUGCUUCGGGUCAUAUAUCGCAAGGGAAAGAUUUAUGUGUGUUCCAGUGAUAGAACAAUUUCCAUCCACAAAAUAGGUCCAGAAAUAAAGGCUGAAAAAGUGCUCUCGUUAAGAGCUACCCCCAUCAGUAUGGAGAGGUUUGCCAAUGAAUUAAUCGUUUCUACCAAUGAUAAAAAUCUACUGAUAUAUAAUAUUGAUACAUUAGAACAAACAAGGUCGUUGAAGGUGUAUAAUGAAAAGACCAAUGAUUCGAUUUUAUUGGAAAACUUCAUUGUUCACAACAAUAUCAUAUUUGCUUCUACGUCAAAUAAAUGUUUGAGAACAUUCAACUACUUCACGGGAAAAGCAUUGACAUCAAAUUAUGGGCAUCUGGAGACCGUCUUGAGUUUAAGCAUCACGGACAAUAAACUUAUAUCCAUUAGUGCAGAUGGGUGCCUAUUCAACUGGGAACUUGAGUAUCCCAAUAAUCAUCAACAAGGAGAAGGGCUUAAAUCAGCCACAAGCUCUCCUAAUGCCAGAUCUGAAGCAGGGUUGCCAAUGUUGUCCAAAGUCAUCAGGAAGAUUCUUCCCUCUUCACCUACUAGAAAAAAGGAAGAUGAAACUCAAACACCCAAGCAACAUCCAAGUCGUAAGGCUUCGAUUCCUUCGCUUACACCUCCACAUGCCCAAAUCAUACUUGAAUCUCCAGAAAGUUCACCUACCUCAAGGCUUACCAAUGCUACAUUGAAGAGAAUCGAGGCCAAAAGAGCUAGUGGAUUAGCAGAAUCUCCAAUUUUGAGGUCCAGAUCAAUGUCUCCUACAAGUAAGGGAAACGGCUCCCCAACCAAGCAGUAUGCCGUCACACCAGGAAAGGACCGAAGGACAAUCACAAGAUUCAGCGAAGAAGAAGCCAUUAGCAGCAUACACACUAAUAUCAGACUGAUCAGAAGUUCACUUUUGAAUAACCAGCUAGAUGCAAAAAUUAAGAUUCAGAUUCGGCAAGAACUUAAGAGACAUCGGACAGUCAACUACUAG